AUGCAAUUAUCAAAGACAACUGCUCUGAGCCACAUAAAUGAGAAGUAUCCACCUGUUAGAAAGGAAAAGCUAUAUUUUCCAGAAGUUGAUGUGGGAAGAAGUCAUCUAUGUGACUCUGUAAUUCACACCCAGCCAGAAGGAAGAGCUAGCAAAACUGAUCAUCAAGAAGGGGAGCUUCGAAAGGUGAAUGAAGAAAGUGUGGGUCCAUCUCAAUCAGACAUGCUCUUGCAAGAUGCUUCUGUUGAUAGCAAUCCUACAACAACCUCCCCCGCUGCUAUAACAGAGAUCAACCAGAGUGAAACACCCUCACAAGCUACUAAAAUAAAGAGCAACGACAGUGAUGUGCCCUCAAAAGCUACGGCUGUGGAGAAAAAUCGUAGUGACUGUCUGGGUGUUAAUGUGGAAAGGGCCCUGGAGCAGCUUGUGUCUCGAAUGGACAAAAUGGAAGCAAUCUGUUUGGGCUUUCAAGAGAAAAUGCUAAUGCCCAUAAGCAGCAUUGAGGCUAGGCUCCAGCAAGUAGAGCAGCAGCUUGAAACACUGACCAUCAAAUUACAGAAUUCUGGAUUCCCAUCGUGCUCUAGAACUUAUGCUCCAGAUAGUUCCUGCACUCAGUCAGAUGCUAACUCAUGUGACAAUUGUCAUGGUAGUAGUGUCACUGGAGGAUUGAAACCAGACAAGAACGGUUCUCAUAUUGAAGGACUAUCUGUCUCCUCUAACGAUAGUUCUGAUUCAGCUAAUGCUACUCAAUUGCACCCUGGUCUCAUAGUCACAGCUCCUGAGUUUCUUGAUGCUGAGGAUGAAGAAGAAAAUAAAACACUGGGAUUAGAAACAGCUUCAAAUGAUAAAGAGAGGCAGCAUAUGUCAAUUGAUGAUGCUGUAGCUUCUGCAUUAGCUGGAUUUUUAUCUUCUGUAACUUCAGAAACUCCGAGGUAUACCAAAAGUCUUGUAGUCAGAGCCCCUGAGUUUAUAAAUGAAUAUGAUCAUGAAAACAAUGAUGCUUCACCUAGAACUUCAUAUGAGAUAGAAAAUAAUGAUGAUUCAAACCAUUUCAAAGACACGGAGAAUAUUAGCAGCUUGCAAGAGGUCAACUUCAAACAGUGUUCAUUCGGAAACAGAAAAGGUGAAGAAUAUUGCCAACAUAGCGCUGGAGAAGAUGACCAGAAAGAGGCGCGUGUAGAACCUGGCGUCCUAGCUGAGCAUGAUCCAGGAACAAGUUUUGAGCAUACUGUGGAGGAUAACGAAAGCAGAAAUAUCAGUGUUCAGAUACAUGAUAGUUUAUCAUCCACGAGUGACAUUCCUAAGCUGUGUCAGACAGAUAGUGUCUCUAGUAGUUCCACUGAGGGAGAAGUUUGUGUGAACACUGACUGUACAGACACAGUAGCGACAGAAGUCCCAAAAAAAGCCUCUCACGAAGAUAUUAUGGAGAAUGUUCUUGGAUUUUCAUGCGGUUCCUCUGUGGUGGAUUUCAAAACAUCAAUCUUAGAUGUAAAAUUCAUCUCUCGGGAAAAUCAUGUUACCAAGCCUUUCCUUGCAGCUCUUGUUGACACUCCAGAGACGAGCUCUCAGGAUGAUCCUGUGGGUGGAAACAGUGAUGAUCUUCCUAUUAACGAACAAUUUAAGAAUAAUGGUAAUCUUUCAGUUGCAGAGCAGAAUGAUUUGAUCUCAAUAGAUGUUGCAGAACCGGUGGAUCCAGCUAUCAAUGCCCGUUUUUCAGUGGAUAAGGACUAUUGUGCUUUGAUAAAUGUGCCUGUGGAGGUUCAGGGUGAUGACCUGCAAGAGGACCGUAAACGCAAACGCAACGAGGAUGAAAUUGCUUCUUCAAGUCUCAUAUGA